ACUGUCACUCAUUUGUGUGGUCUUAAACAAAGCCACCCACGUGUUUCCCCCUCCAUGGUCGUUGUAUGUUUCUUGUUAAUGGACCCCACUUACCCUCCAUUACCAUAGGAGAUCCUUUCGAAUCUUCUUCAAAUUCUUCCUCUCAUCUUCUUCUUACCAACUAAAAUCUAUUUCUCUUCAUCCCUAAUCCAGUCAGAUUUCCCCAAAACCCAUUAAUAAAAGAUCUUGUACAGUAUUUAUAUUACAAAGAAUUAGUAGGAAAAAAAAAAAGGAGACACUGUGUAGCGAAAGUGGGAUUUUGUGAGCUGAGGGUGAAUAGAAUGAGUGCUUUGAAUACCCACUUUAUCUUGAUUGAUCUUCAAAGCUCAUGGUACUCAGCUAAGCUGAUACCCAAUUCAACCUUUUCUUAUUUAAACCAGCCUCAAUUUGCUUGUUCCACGUUCACUGCGGCAUUUCGUCGUACACGUCGUGGGAGCAGUAAAGUCUCGUCGUCGAGAUCGCCGGUGGCGUCAAUUCAGUCGCCGGAAAUCAGGAGGCCGAGGGGAUGUUCGAUUGCCGGAAAUGGGUUGUCGUUGGUUUCUUCGAAUUCGACUUCCACUUCGAGUUCCAUGGUCUCGGACUUGGACUUGUUUUUGGAGAUAGUGCCAUUGAGGAUGAGAAAUGAGCUCUUUAGGCAUCAGGAGAUUGGGGAAUUGAUUGAGGUGGUUAUGGAUUUGGGAAGGAAACCCCUUGCCCGAUUUCCUUCAGGUGAUUGGGUCAUUUCGGAGCAGCCCGUAAAGCUUGAGGAUCUAUGCCACGCCGUUUCAAAGGUGGGGGAUUUCUCAGAUGACAACCGUUCUGGUAUUGACAGUUCCCUACAUCGUAUAAGUGCAAUUAGAAACCGGAAAAUGCAAAUAAUUGGCCUUACCUGCCGGGUAGGUCGAGCUGUAUCUGGAAGUGCUGAGAUCAUACGUGAUCUGGUUGAAGAAGGUGGCUCCAUAUUGGUGAUAGGUCCUCCAGGGGUUGGUAAAACUACUUUAAUCAGAGAAAUAGCCAGAAUGCUGGCAGAUGACCAGAAGAAACGAGUCGUUAUUGUUGAUACAUCUAAUGAGAUUGGAGGUGACGGAGAUGUUCCUCAUUCAGGUAUUGGUUGUGCAAGAAGGAUGCAAGUCCCAAAUGUUAACCUGCAACAUAAUGUAAUGAUUGAAGCAGUUGAAAACCAUAUGCCGCAAACCAUUAUAAUAGAUGAAAUAGGGACAGAGCUUGAAGCGUUGGCUGCUAGUACAAUUGCUCAGAGAGGAGUACAGCUUGUUGGAACUGCUCAUGGAAGUACCAUUGAGAGUAUAAUAAAAAAUCCAUCCUUGCAAAUGCUUGUUGGUGGCAUUGAGAGUGUCACUCUUGGUGAUGAGGAAGCAAGGAAAAGGAAAGUGCAGAAAACAAUUCUCGAGAGGAAAGGCCCUCCAACUUUUACAUGUGCAGUUGAGAUGAUAUCAAGAACUGAAUGUCGUGUUCACCAUAGACUAGAUUUAACAGUAGAUGCAAUAUUAGCAGGAAAAUCUCCUUUGUUUGAGAUACGCAGAUUGGAGAUUGAAGCUGAAAACUCCAUCGAGUCUUCUCUGUUCGCUCCAGAGGACCAAGUUAAUGACUCUGAGCUAACUGAUAAAGUGGAAAAGAAAGAUAAAAUAGAGUCUGAAAGAGAGUAUGUAAAAAACAAAGAUAAAGUAGAGUCUGAUGGCGAGUAUGUAAAAAAGAAAGAUAAAAUAGAGUCUGAUGGCGAGUAUGUAAAAAAGAAAGAUAAAGUAGAGUCUGAUGGGGAGUAUGUAAAUUAUUAUCUGCAAUCCAACACUGUGAACAAUAAGGUAAAAUUUGAGUCAGAUGAGGAAGAUGAGGAUCAUCCCAAUUCCAAGAAAUUGGGCACCAAUGGAUCUGUCAGCAAAAGGAAAUCUCUUGUGUAUGUUUAUACUUAUAAGAUUCAAGAUGCUGAUCUAUUGCAAGUUGCAACCGUUAUGGGGCUUGAGGAAGACAUUGAAGUAACAGAUGAUAUUGGUAUUGCGGAUGCUAUUUUAGCAUCUAGUGCUGAAAUGAAGCAGAAUCCUUGGAUUCGUAGUGUUGCCAAAUUUCAUCAAGUUCCUGUCUUUGUUGUAAAGUCAAGUACCAUGGCGCAAAUGGUGAAAGCUAUCCGUAUGAUUCUUGGAAUGGUUUCCAUUCACUCAAAACAGCCAUUAACAAAUGCAUUCGAUAUUGAAAUUGAAGACGAUGCACCAAAAAGGAAACCAACAUUGGAGGAGAUAGAUGCCUUAGAGGAGGUUCGCCUUGCAAUUGAGUACAUCGUUAUUCCUGGUGGGGAGGCUGUUGAACUUCUUCCAAGGCGCUCUGAGAUAGUUGCCCAACAACUCAAGCUGGUUGAAAGUUAUCAGCUGGCUGCAGAAAAUUCAGGUACCGAGUCAAACCCAAGGCUUCAAAUCCUUCCUCAGAAACUACAGAGGAAGACUUCAGUAAAGAGCUCCCGAUCCAGUUCAAGUCAGAACAGCACAGAUUCCAGCUCAUGGCUUGGUAGGAACGGAGGGGCUAGCGUUGCUCGCCUACCUUUCUUGCCUGAAUAAUUCAGAUAAGUUCCUUCGCAGCCGAUUCAACCUUGGUUGGACAUGUUUUAGGCAAUGUACAGUGAUGUAUAUCUGUAUCUAAACCCCUGUAGAUUCCAUUGUAUGGUCUAAUUCUUGCAUUGUAGUGUUAUCAGCUCAUUUAUUCCUUGCUAAGAUUGCUUCUAGUACACUGUACAGUGAUGUAAAUCCUUCACAGGAAUGAAAUUUAGUAAAACUCAUUCCAUAAAAAUAAAACAACAUUGGAAGCAAAAUAUAGGAGUCCCAUUUUACUGUAUUGUUUCAUUGGAUGGAAUGUUUUUCAUGGAAA